UUGUAGUAAUUUGACAUUUCGUUUUGACUCAUUGGAAAGUUAUUUUUCAAACAAAGUCGAAAUUAAAGUUUUUCUUUAAAAUUCUAAUCAUACGAAGUGAAAUACAAAAGGAAAAAUAAUAAAUAAUGGGGGACGGUUGUCAAAGAUGUCUUACGAGGGUGCCGCAUGCCACCCUCAUUGCAACUAUUAUGUGCUGUUUGGGCGUGGGGGUGUUUUGUGGAACAAUGUACCGUGGAUCUGCGCUUUCGAUACUAAUGUUUGAUGAAGUUUUUCACUUCCGGCUGAUUUGGAUCGAGGCCCUCCAAAUGAUUUUCAUCGUGGGAAGCGCUUGUAUGGCGGCCCUAGGAUUUAUGUUGCUGUGCCUCGGGUGUCUCACUACAGGCGCCACAAGACAAAAGGUAUACCGGGCUUGGAGAGCUCGUGUCGGCGGCCGCAUAUCGUGCGCAGUGUUCAUGAUCAUCACAUACAUACUGACGUUCGUGUGGUUACUACUACUUUGCUUUUUAGUAAUAACCACAUUCCUUUUCACGAUUUUCUGGAAGCUCUGUUCGAAACCGAAAAAUAUCGAACUGUCGACGUGCAUUGAUUUCACGCAAUUCGAUUUCAUGUUCCCGUCGUCUGUGAGGCAAGAGGAUUUGAGGAUCUGCGAGGCUCACAAGAUUAAGUUAUUUUGUAAAGAUUAUGUGGAGAAAGCAGAGUUUAUGUUUAUCUUGGCUAUGGUGUCUUGCUUGCUCGUAAUACUGAGUUUGGUGCACUAUUUGAUGUGUCUGUCUGCUAACUAUGCACAUAUCCGGGACCAUGAGAAAUUCCAGGAGUUGCAAGAGCUGCAGUACCUGACCAACCCCGACCUGCAUGCUUCUAAAGACAGAUUCUAGUAUAUGGCCCGCGCACCGUUGCUGCGCUCGCUUGAAGCCACUACCAAGAUGUGACAAAGCAGCAAGGUGACUGCUUUUUAAAAUGUCACAUUUGUGUUCACAGAUCAAAAAUAAACAUCAAAAGACUGAAAUUUUGUGAAUAAUCUUAGAUUGAUUUAUUGCAUGAAUUAUAUAAAAUUAUCGGUUGUUAAACCAUUGACUGUACUAUUACAUCAAAAUGAGUGUUUCAAAUAUGCCAGCCAACUUUUAUAUUUGUUUACUGAACAAAAAUUAAUUAAGUAAAAUAAUCUUUUGAUUUUAAACUUAUUUUGUGGUUGUUCAUUAUGAAUAUUAUUGAAACGAGUACAAAUCACGAUAAAACAACGAAAUUUUUAAUGUCGACCACGAUCCAUGCUGGGUUGAAAUAUCAACAUUAAAAAUCUCGUCAUUUUAUAGUGGUAUGUACCGGUUUAAAUAUUAUUCAUAAUCACUCUUUUUCUUGUAAUAGUAUACAAUUAUCUAUUUGAUACAUCCUUUUUUGGUAUUUACAUAUCUAAACACAUUAUUUCAAUGAUUUGUCUAUGUAAUCCAACAUUCCUUUAUAUUUAGUCGAGAUUGUUAAACAAUAUUAAGUCCAUCAGAUGUUUUAUUUACACUUUAAAUUAGACUAUUUGUACAUGCUAAAGCAUUGUGUUAUAUUUGUUUACACAUUUUGGUCCAGUUCUUUUUGUUAGAGUAUAAGUAGGUUAAUGUCCUGAUAUGUUUGAUCUAGAUCUAGUUCCGUCAUCAUCCUUCCAUUUGUGUUUUAUGAUAAGAAAUUGUGAAUUUUGUUGGCAGCUAGGCCCAUGUUUUUGACCAAAACUUUUAUUUAUGUUGAAUUUAAACUGAAAAAUAAUAAUAACAUUUAGACAUUGUUAUUUUAUAUUUUGGUAGCAUUUAUACAGUAGACGAAAAUGUUUGAAGGAAUUGGUAGACAUAUUACACUUUUAUUAACAUUGUAGGUAUAAGGAAUCAAAAAUCAAAUGAAGUGGAAUGUCCUUAUGUUGGUACAGUCACAGUCACAAUAUAGACAUCUUAAAUAAUGAUUUACAAUUUUGAUGAUACCAUGUACUGACUUUUGAUCAUUGUUUUUUUGAUUGAUUGAUUGUUUUCACUAUAUUCUAUUAUAUAUAUAGUGACAUAUACAAAUAUGGUACAUAUAUGAUAAUUUGUAUCAAUUCCACUUAAAAUAUUGUAUAUUUGCAAUCAAAAUCUGAGCUCAAAUUGAAUAUGAAGAUAAGCUACUUUCUAACUUAGUGGCUUUAAAAAAUUCAAGCUCAUUUGACAUGCUCAUUGAGUUAUCUAUUAAUAAUGUUUUGUAACAAUUUCAAUGUAUAAACAUUGAAUGACAAUUUUACUAAUUUAGUAGCUUUUAAAAAAUAUAUGAAAUUUUUGAAAGCUGCUGAAUUUGCUUAUAGUCCAACAGAAAAGUUUACAUUUUUCCAGAUGUACUUUUUUGUUAAUUUUUUUUAGCUUGUGAUUUGAAAAUAACUUCUGAUACUUUCAGGAUAUUAGUGACAGUAGUUUUUGAUAGAAGUAUAUUUUUUUGAUAAAACGUAAAUGUUUUAAACGUAAUUGUGAUUCACAAAUAUUAAUUGUUCAACGUUUAGUACAAUAACUAUAGAUUAAGGGCAGCACAAAAUAUAUGAAACAUAGUUGUAAGUUUUUAAUAUUAGCUGUCAAUUAUGACAAUUUAUUACUUCUUUGAUAAUGUUGUAAAAGCAAUCUUUUGAUAAAAGUUUACACGCUUAGGUUUGGUUAGGCACAUUGUAUUGUAUUAACAAAUCAUCCCACCUAAAUUUUAAUAUUGAGACAGCUUUUUAAAAGUAUAAAAUUUAAGACAAUUUUGGUGCAUUCUUACUUUGUCAAAACAGUACUUGUUGAUUGGUACAUUUAUGAUGAAUUUGUGAGUAUGUAACACAAGGUCUGAAUUUUAAUUUUUUUUUUUAUAUAGGGAAUUAUUUAAGAUACCCCAAUCUUUGAAGCAGUAGUUACUAAGAUUAUGUAAAACUAUGUCCACCUACUAGAACCCCCUCUUUUAAGCUUCCAAAUAUUAAUUGUUGUUCUAUUUUGGAGAAUUUUUUGGAUUCUGCCUAGAAUUCUAGAAAAAUAUUAUCUUUCAAAUAAUCUUUUCUAGCACUAAGUAUUUAGAAUAUUGUUUACAAUAAAAUAUGUAUUAGCAGCAAAAUUUUCGACAUUUGUUUUUUUCAUAGUCGGGUAUAGUAUGCACCAAAUUUCUAGUCUGCUUUGAAAUCGUAACACGUCGAAUUGCGAAGCUAUUAUAACAAGCCUUGUUAACUGUGCAGCUAAACGCAUUCUGUUCAGAACGGACUUGAAGUUAGUCGCAUACUAUAAUCAUGAUAGGUAUCUGCUAAAACAUAUCUUAUGUAAUGACACAUCACAAAAUGUUUAGAAUUUGCAUUUAAGAUUUUUGUAUCUAUGUUUGUAAUAAGAUGAAAAAUAUUAGCAUAGCUAAAGAUUAAUGGCAAAAUAAAUUAUUUAAAAUCAUAACGUCGGGCGCGCAGUAUAAAAAUAAUACGUAAAUUAACAAGUAAAAGGGUAACAUACCUACCUUACAAUCUCUUACAAACAGCUUAUCCAGCUACCAUCAUGCAUAUUUCUGCUGCAAAACAUCAUUACUGUAUUGCGGUUCUCAGAGGUUUCUGUCGCGCCUUAAACCUUAGAUCUAAUCUUAGCCAAUGGCGUAGCUACUAGACUCAGACCAAUUAUUGUAUAGGACCUGCCUAGCUAGAGGUUACUUUUCUGUCAAAGUAUAUGAUCAACGAUCUAAUGCGAUUAUAAAAACUGUCUCUAUAGAAUCAAUUUUAAAUAGUUGUAAUCGUGUUCGUCAUUUAAAGAGCUCCGUAAAAGUACCUUUUUGUGUAAUUGAAUUGUGUAAAAAACGGGCAAGAACUUCUAGUUUAGUAUAAGAUAUAUACCAAAAGUAAGCUCGUUUUCCUCAGAAAAUGACAGACAAUUUUGUUCGUGACUAUGAGUGCGAUACAGGUCCUUGUAUAAUUGGUCUGAGCUACUAGAGCUCUGGGAGCCCUCGAAUCCUUACCAGAAAAUCGCGAUCGAACUGAACUUGUAAAACUUGAUACCUGAGGACAAAGUAGCUUAGCAUUUUGGAACGAAGUUCCUUAUCGCGCGUUGUCAAAGGGGACUAGACGGAAAAAAUUAAGACUUUUUACCCAACUGCGUAAGGAGGAGGGUAAUGCUUUUGCUAUAGUUGUAAGCCGUGACUUGAAGACAGCUGGUGAGCUCCAGGGUAGCGAUGCGCUAUAGCGAUUUCGAUAACGAACUGCGUUCCAUCCGGGUGUCCCUCAACACUUUUCGAGAUUUUUAUGUAUUUGUUAUUUUUACUUUAUAAAACCUUAACCAGAUUAGAUAGUAGUGGGGCCCCAUUUUAUUUAAUUGCACCAGGGCCUUUAGUCACCUAGCUACGCCACUGAUCUUUAGCUGGUGUUAAGUGACAAUGCAAUCAUAAAAGGUGACUGACAGAUAAUAAUUGCAUCAACGCCGACUUAGGCUUUUUAAAAAUCUAUGUAAUCUAAAUGUAGCAGGAUUCGACUCCUGGGUUUGAUCGCCUGCAGGGCCGAUUGAGGUUUUCUUAAUUGGUCUAGGUCUGGCUGGUGGAAGGCGGCGGCCGUGGCUAGUUAUCACCCUAUCGGCAAAGACGUAUCGCCAAGCAAUUUAGCGUUCCGGUGCGAUGUCGUGUAAAAACCGAAAGGGGUGGGGAUUUUCAUCCAACUCAUAACAAGAUAGCCCGCUUUCAUCUUAGAUUGCAUCAUCACUUACCAUCAGGCGAGAUCGUAUUCAAGGACAUGUAGAGAAUGAAAAAAUAUGCGUGGUAGCACCCUGCAACGGGAUGCUUUGUAAUAGCAUCUGGCUACCACUUAGCAUCAGCUGGAUUCAGUGGCAUGCACUUCAUAGAUGCAAAAAAAUGCACUGCCUACCUUAGAGACUCAUCAGAUUGACGGUGGAAUUUUCUAUUUUGUAUGAUUUGUACGUAUAGUGCAUACCCUAGUUAAAAUCCUUGUGCACGCCACACAUCAACUAUGUAAUAUCAAUGAAGAAUCAUAUGCAAUUAAUAAUCACUAUGCCAGCAUAUUGUGUCUAAUUCUGAAUUCUGCGCGACCGAAUUCUUUGUUACGGUUACUCUAUCAAUUAGUAAUUAGGUACAUAUUUAGAUAAUAUAAUCUUGGUGUUAUUACCUGCUAGUAUUUUUUUAGCUACUAUGUCUUAAGUUUUAUAACAAUAAAAAAGGUUAAUUUA